AUGGAGGCUGCCAAAAAACAAAGUCUUUUUAAGGCAUCCUGGAGCAAUCUGGCAGAGGAGCGAAACGCUUGGGCCGCAAGAUUGCUAACAGUUCUUUCGGGUUGUAGAAGUCUGUGGGAUAACAUUACUUGCUGGCCCGCGGCAAAUUUUGGUGAAAUCAAAGUGUUGUCCUGCCCGUCCUAUUUCACCUACUUUUCAAAGAUUCAAGGUAAUGUCAGCAGGAAUUGCACCAAAGAUGGCUGGUCAGAUAUUUACCCUGCCCCCUACCCCGUGGCUUGCGGGUAUGACUCCAACAACACAGUCUCCGAGGAACAGACUGUCUUCUACGGCACAGUGAAAACUGGAUAUACAAUUGGACACAGUUUGUCUCUUGUCGCUCUGACGGUGGCCAUGAUGGUUCUGUGCUUUUUUAGGAAAUUGCACUGCACCCGGAAUUACAUCCACAUGCACUUGUUCAUGUCCUUCAUCAUGCGAGCAAUCGCCGUCUUUGUGAAGGACAUCAUUCUGUUCGAGAACGGGGAGUCAGACCACUGCUUCGUCGGCUCGGUUGGCUGCAAAGCAGCCAUGGUUUUUUUCCAGUACUGCAUCAUGGCCAACUUCUUCUGGCUUCUUGUCGAAGGCUUAUAUCUUCACACGCUUCUAGUCAUCUCCUUCUUUUCAGAGAAGAAAUACUUCUGGUGGUACAUCGUCAUUGGCUGGGGUGCGCCAACGCUUUUCAUUUUUGCUUGGGCCAUCGCGAGGAUCCACUAUGAAAAUACCAGUUGCUGGGACUUAAUUGAAUCUCCCUAUUGGUGGAUCAUCAAAGCUCCCAUUUUGGUUUCUAUAUUGAUCAACUUCAUUCUCUUCAUCUGCAUCAUCCGGAUCCUCGUUCAGAAACUUCACUCUCCAGAUGUCGGACGAAAUGAAACAAGCCAAUAUUCGAGACUUGCCAAAUCCACCCUUCUUCUGAUCCCCCUAUUUGGUAUCCACUACACCAUAUUUGCGUUUUUCCCAGACACGGUAAAGAAAGAAGUUCUGGACGUCAAGCUGGUCUUCGAACUCAUAUUGGGGUCCUUCCAGGGCUUUGUGGUGGCUGUCCUGUAUUGUUUCAUCAACGGAGAGGUUCAAGCUGAGAUGAAACGCAAAUGGCGAAGGUGGCAUCUGGAGCGCUUCCUCGGCUCUGACAUGAAGUACCACCAUCCCUCUGUAGGAAGCAGUGGGGCGAAUUUCAGCACCCAGAUCUCCAUGCUGGCUACGUGUAGUCCAAAAACUCGCCACUGUUCCAGUUUCCAAGCCGACUUGUCUCUGGUUUGAGACGCAAAAGCAGACGACUGAAGGACAAACGCGUCUGGUGGAAGAUGGAAGCAAUCCGUCGCGGCAGGAUCUGGGCAUCCAGGGGGGAAGGUGGCGUUUGGGAUGAUUUUAUUUUAUUUUUUUUAAGCCAUUCUUUUGCAACCAAACUGGGACAAAAUACGGGGACUGGGAUACUCUGAACAAGAAGCACGAAGUCUGGACAGAAUCUCCCUUUUUCAGUCCUUUAAUUGAAGGCAUUGCUCACAUUUGUGAAGGUCACGCAGAGAUAUGACUUGAGGGAUGCAAGAAUCUGCUUUUGCCAAGAUGAUCUGCCAGCUUCUUCUGAGCUGGCUUGCGUGGCCAUAAACAAAUGCAAAAUCAGCUGUGAAAAACAGAAUCAUUUGCCAGCAGAUUCCACCAGAAAGGACUUGAAGAAAAGUUUGAAGGGGGAUUGGUUUUCCUCGGGCCACUAGAACCCAAAACCUGUUCCUUUCUUUUCCUAGCGAAUUUCAGAACCCAAAAAAGCUUCUCCAUUCAGUGGGAGAUCUUUCUGACUUUACACCAGUGUUUCUCAACCUUGGCGGCUUUCAGAGGUGUGGACUUCAACUCCC